AUGCGUUCCUCGGUCGUCUUGUCACUUCUGCUUCCAGCCAUCGUAUCUGCAUCUCCAGUCGUAGAUCAGAAAGCACUCAACGCUUUGUUCUGCAAGGUCAACAACUUUGUCAUUCAUCACUGCGCUUGCCAAAGAGCGGUAGCUACUACCUACUGCCCAAAAUUUAUUGGCAUUGUUACAUCGACCAUUUCGAAAACGACGACACAAAUAUUCGCCAGUGCUACGGUCACCGUCACCACAACUAGCACCGGCGGAGCGACCACCACGACCUUGACUAACAAGGAAACAAUCACGACAUACACUACUGUCACUGACACUACUACUUCAACCUGGCUCUCGGCAAUGACACUGACGACUUCCACGGUCACUGCUACUUACCUGAACAGCGCCUACACUGCUGGAGGAGGCGUCGGACCCGUCAAGCGUGCUGUCAAAGCUACCAAGCCAACAUGCACUCCCACUACCUGGUCAACAGCAUACGUGUCUACGGUUUGCUCAUGUCUCUCCAUCCCAACACCAUCGACCACAAGGACUGCCAUAGUGACCCUUGCACAAGGCACAACUACCAUUACAAAUAUCGCAGUAGUGACGCUCAGCAGUACAGCAAUUACGGUCGUCAUCGUCACUUACACAAGUACUGACACGAUAUCGAUAACGACAGUUGGCUCCAGUACAGUGAUAGCGUACGCUACUGCAACUACCAUUGCGUCGGACGGCCCGCAGUGCCGCAAGUACCCCCACUCUUAUAACGCCAAUCUACAAAAUAGUGGUUUCAUCUCAAAUUACUUCAAGGGCGCAACUUCGGAAUUGAACGGCUACCAGGAGUCGGUCAGCUUCCGCACUAGUGGCCUCCAAUUGUAUUUCCCAGACAAGCAGGCGUUUUACGGUGCUGAAUAA